CUGGCAGCGCUUGGAUCUGGGGGGGAGGCGCAGCAACAGGCUGCGGGUUUGGGGGGAGCGCAGCUGGACGGGGAGCCUCGCGGGCUGGCAAGGCGCGCAGCGAACUGCUCUGGCUCUGCGCCGCCCUCUCCUCCCGAACCGCCCUCGACACUUCCCGCUGAAGAUCCGCCAUCGUCACAGGCGGGCGAUACCCCCCACCCCCGCCACGAGCACGGGAACCCCUCCAAUCCCCUUGACCCCCGGGGUGAGCAGGCCAGCGCGACUGUUGCUGGUACCGCCGUGGAGACUCACGCCGGCGACGAGAUGAUUUGCGGUCCUGGUGGGGAGCGGGGGAAUGGGGCCGCGACGAGCGACGGUCAGGCGACGGAGGGCGUGACGGUUGGCCUGCAGGAACCACCGCCGUCACAGCGGGAGCGGACUGACCCGCCGGCGCGGGCGCAACCGACGGAGCCGGUUCGCCAGUGGUGGCGGACGCCGCCUUUGGUGACGAAGCAGAGGCCUGCGCAGGCAGGCAGGGGGCAGAAGCGUUCGGCGCAACACGGGCGCCAGGGACAGGUGCAGGGGGUUCAGCAACACCCCCAGCAGGGGCAGACGCCGACGGCUCGACAAGGGGAGCCAGGGAGCCUGGUGACGCAGGCGGAGCAGACGGAACAGCAGCGGGAGCGGUCGGGCCAGCCUCUGCCCCGGCAAGGGGAGCCGCGGGUGCGUGGGGAGGAGUCUUUUCAGAGACUGCUGUCACGUGCUUCGGAGCCGGCGGUAGAGGGGGCUCCGUCGCCAUGGUCGCCCUUUCGGGCCCCGCCGGAGGCCUGGCGACCACAGCCGACCAGGCGGCAGCGAGCCCUGGCGACGGCUCAGGUGCUCCGGCAAUCACCAUCUCGAGAGCAGGGAAGCCGUGGGGCGAGGAGAGAAACCGUAAGCGGAACGGGCGGAGGACCAGAGAAUGGGUAUCAGGUGGCGGCGAGAAGGGCUUUAACGGUGUUAGCAGCAACUAAUGACGAAGAAGAUCUAAGGGACCCACCUUAUAGGGAAGAAUCCCUCCCACCAAGCGAGGACGAGGAAUCGGAGGGAGAAGGCAGGGUGAGAGAGGCAGAAGGGAGACGAGCAAACGAGGCGCUUCUGACACCGUUACUCCACCUCUCAUGA